GGAGGUGGAGGCAGGGAGAUGUAGUGGGAGCUGCGGGCUGUGUUCCUGCUGCCCCAGCUCCUGGUCGCCUGGCUAGCUUAUGCCCUGAAAUAACAACACACAAACUGUAUUCUUUUAAACACUGCUUGGCCCAUUAUAUCUAGCCUCUUCUCGGAUAACUCUCGCACCUGGACUAGCCCAUUUCUAAUAAUGUGUGUAGCACCCCAAGGUGUGCUUACUGGGAAGAUUCUAGCCUACGUCCAUCCUGGGUCAGAGCUUCAUCGCAUCUGCCCCAGAGAGGAGAGCUAUUGAGUCUGAGCUCACUUCCUCUUCCUCCCAGCAUUCUGUUCUGUUUACUCCACCCACCUAUGUUCUAACCUAUGAGGGCCAAGCAGUUUCUUUAUUUUUUAACCAAUGACCUUCCUCCAUCUGGGAGAUCAGGCUUGAGACCAGCCUCAGCAACAGUGAAUCCAAGGUUAGUCUACAUGAGAUUCUGUCUCAAAACAACAAACAGCAAAACAAAAAACAGUCAGGCAUGGAGAGAUGGCUCAGCAUUCAGUUAAGAACACUUGCUGGACUGGGUGGUGGUAGCAAAUGGCUUUAAUCCCAGCACUCGGGAGGCAGAGGUAGGCUCACCUCUGUGAGUUCGAGGCCAGCCGGGUCUACAGAGUGAGUUCUAGGACAGCCAGGGCUAUGAAGAGAAACCCUGUCUCAGAAAGACAAAAACAAAAACAAACAGACAAAAAAUACUUGUUGCUCUGGUAGAGGACCCAGGUUUGACACCAGCAUCCACAUGGUGACUUAUAACCAUCUGUAACUCUAGUACUGGGAGAUAUGAAGUUCUCUUCUGACUUUUGAGGGCACUCGGUAUGCACAUGGUACACACACAUACAUGCAGGUGAACACCCAUACACAUAAAAUAAUACAAUAAAUUGUAGAUGGAAGUUCCUGUCUCACCUGGUCCCACAGCUGUUCAGUUCCAAAUAACACACAGAGGUUUAUAUUAAUUAUAACUGUUUGGGCUAUUGCUCAGGCUUAUUACUAACUAGCUCUUACAACUUAAAUUAACUCAUAAUUCUUAUCUAUGUUUAACCACAUGGGUUGGUACCUUUUCUCAGUAAGGAAUUCUCUCUUGCUUCCUCUAUGUCUGGCUGGUAACUAUGUCUUCAUCUUUCUUCUUCCCAGAAUUCUCCUAGUUUGAUUUCCUUGCCUGUAUGUCCUUCCUGGCUACUGGUCAAUCAGCAUUUUACUAAACCAGUAUGAGUGACAAAUCUUUUUUUUUUUUCGUUUGUUUGUUUGUUUUUCAAGACAGGGUUUCUCUGUAGCUUUGGUGCCUGUCCCAGAACUAGCUCUUGUAGACCAGGCUGGCCUCAAACUCCCAGAGAUCUGCCUGCCUCUGCUUCCUGAAUGCUGGGAUUAAAGGCGUGUGCCACCACCGCCUGGCUGGGUUUUUUUUCUUUUUAUACUUUGGGGACUCACCACCCAGCUCCAAAAUAAAUACAUAGAGACUUAUGCUUAUUUAUAAAUUUCUGGCCUCAGCUUGGCUUGUAUCUAGCCAGCCUUUCUUUUUUUUUUUUUUUUUAAAUAUUUAUUUAUUUAUUAUGUAUACAAUGCUCUGUCUGUGUGUAUGCCUACAGGCCAGAAGAGGGCACCAGACCUCAUUACAGAUGGUUGUGAGCCACCAUGUGGUUGCUGGGAAUUGAACUCAGGACCUUUGGAAGAGCAGGCAAUGCUCUUAACCGCUGAGCCAUCUCUCCAGCCCCUAGCCAGCCUUUCUUAAAAUAUUCCAUCUACUUUUGCCUCUGGGCUUUUACCUUUCUCUCUUCUAUAUACCUUUCUUUACGUUUUACUUCCAUGGCUGGUUGUAUAGCUGGUUGGCUGGCCCCUGACAUCCUCUCUCCUUCUCCUUUUCUUGCUCCUCCCUCUUCUCUGUUCUUCUCUCUGCCUACCAUCCUACCUAUCCUUUCUCCUGCCUAGCUAUUGGCCAUUCAGCUCUUUAUUAGACCAGUCAGGUGGUUUAGACAAGUAAAGUAAGACAGCUUCACAGAGUUAAACAAAUGCAACAUAAAAGAAUGCAACACAUCUUUGCAUCAUUAAACAAAUAUUCUGCAGCAUGAACGAAUGGAACACAUUUUAAACUAAUAUCCAAUAACAGCCAGGUGUGGUGGUGUAGCCAGUAUUUGGGAGGCAGAGGCAGGUGGAUGUCUGUGUGUUCUAGGCCAGCCAGGGUUAUGUAUUAAGACCUUGUCUCAAAACAAGAACAUAUACUGAGUAGAAAAUGUAUGGAAAAGAAAAUUCAAGACAGAGAAAUGGAGUUGUUUUGUCUGCCCUGUGUUUGAUGUCAGUUUCUCUGAUCUGACCUCAGUGUCUACCCCACCACCCACCCUUUGUCCACGUCACCUUCUCCCACGUCACCUUCUCCCAGACUACCGGAAACCUUGUUCUAGAUUGUUUCUCUCCUCCCCUGACCCUUUCAGUAUCACAGCCUGCCCUUCUGCCCUAUCUAGGGCCUCACGCCAUCAACUCCUGAGCCCUUCGCCAGCUCAGUCUACCUGGACUUCCUCAGCCUCCUUGCUGGGGUCUGUGGACUCCUUUCCUGCAGUUCACCCUUUGUUGUGGAAUAUUACUUUCACUGUGUAAAAGGUAUGCCACACUAAUUUCUGCUGCUUUUGUUAAUGAUAGAAAGACAUGUUGCAUUUCAGGAGGUUGAGUCAGCAGUUAGAUGACAGGAAGAGGUAGGGAGGAGGAAGUGUAGGGAGGCUCUUUAGUGGGGCAGAGCGGAAGGGAAGGACACCCAUUUUCUGGAAAUGUGAGCAGGGAGAGAAGGUUAGCUACUUGCUCUUCAGCCUCUCUGAGCUAGCAGGAUUUCACCUCAACCUUUGAAUCUUGAGUUCUAGCAAUUUAGAUAAAGUUUCCUUUAGUGGCCCAGAUAGAGUUGGUGCCUGAGGGAACAGAAUUCCCACCUAACUGCCCCUGCCCAUGGUAGCUGCAGAGUUGCAAUUGAGGGCUGGGACAGCAGUUACUGAAGGUGCAGCCACUGUGUCUGCUGCAAGCACUCUCACUCAGCACCUUUCUGGGCAAAGACUCAGGUCUGAGUAUUCAUUCCCUUGCCUAAAGCCUUUCGUGGCUCCCCAGUGCCCCAAACUUUUUAGCCUGCAGUCAGUGUCUUUACAAUCUGGAUCUUACCCUAUCCAUACACCCUCUCUAUGCCUUACAUGCACACACACACGCACACGCGCGCACACACACACACACACACACACACUCAACUUGGAAAACCUUUCUACACUCUCACAUGACUGUAGGUGCAUCCCUAUUUCUGAACAUCCAAGGUCAACGAAUAAAAUCCCUGAGUCUACCCCAUCGGCUUCUCCAGGGUUCCGUCAGUGGGUGGGGGAGGGGCCCAGCCUGGCACCCCACCCCCCCAUUCUAGCCUAGGACUCAGGUCUCUAACAACAGAAUCAAAGCCACUCAGCAACGCUGGAACCCAUUCAGAGGGGCCUGAGCCCCCUCAUCCCAAGCCAGGAGGGCUUUGGGGGAGGGGUGCAGCCCCUGGUAGACUCACAGUGUGGCCAAGGGGGCCAAGGGGUGCCAGGGAGGCAGGGGCUGACCUCAUAGGGAGAGACAAGAGUGUGGUUAUCUUUCCCCCGCUGGGAGGACUGAAGGGCCAUCAUCAGGGUGGGAAGUCUAGGAAGCCAAGCCAGUGGCUCAGGAGUAAGGGUGGAAGAGUGACUGGCAGCGAGGGCACCAUGGCCACCAUUCAGUCAGAGACUGACUGUUACGACAUCAUCGAGGUACUGGGCAAGGGCACCUUCGGAGAGGUGGCCAAGGGCUGGCGCAGGAGUACAGGUGAAAUGGUGGCCAUCAAGAUCCUGAAGAAUGACGCCUACCGAAGUCGUAUCAUCAAGAACGAGCUGAAGCUGCUCCGAUGUGUCCGAGGCCUGGACCCCGACGAGGCCCACGUCAUCCGCUUUCUCGAGUUCUUCCACGAUGCCCUCAAGUUCUACCUGGUCUUCGAGCUACUGGAGCAAAACCUUUUUGAGUUCCAGAAAGAGAACAACUUUGCACCCCUUCCUGCCCGGCACAUUCGCACUGUCACCCUGCAGGUCCUGAGAGCGCUGGCUCGCCUCAAGGAGCUGGCCAUCAUCCAUGCUGACCUCAAGCCUGAAAACAUCAUGCUGGUGGACCAGACCCGCUGCCCCUUCAGGGUAAAGGUGAUCGACUUCGGCUCAGCCAGCAUAUUCAGUGAGGUGCGCUAUGUGAAGGAGCCAUACAUCCAGUCUCGCUUCUACAGGGCCCCAGAGAUCCUGCUGGGGUUGCCCUUCUGCGAGAAGGUGGACGUGUGGUCUCUGGGCUGCGUCAUGGCCGAGUUACACCUGGGCUGGCCUCUCUACCCGGGCAACAAUGAGUAUGACCAGGUGCGCUACAUCUGUGAAACGCAGGGCUUGCCCAAGCCCCACCUGCUGCACGCUGCCCGUAAGGCUCACCACUUCUUCAAGCGGAACCCCCACCCCGAUGCCACCAACCCCUGGCAGCUGAAGUCCUCUGCCGACUACCUAGCUGAGACCAAGGUACGUCCACUGGAGCGCCGCAAGUACAUGCUCAAAUCCUUGGACCAGAUUGAGACGGUGAAUGGUGGCGGGGCUAUAAGUCGUUUGAGUUUCCCAGACCGGGAGGCACUGGCGGAGCACGCAGACCUCAAGAGCAUGGUGGAGCUGAUCAAACGCAUGCUAACAUGGGAGUCUCAUGAACGCAUCAGUCCCAGCGCAGCCCUGCGCCACCCCUUCGUGUCCAUGCAGCAGCUGCGGAGUGCUCACGAGGCCACCCGCUACUAUCAGCUGUCGCUUCGUAGCUGUCGUCUGUCCCUGCAGGUGGAUGGCAAGCCACCCCCGCCUAUCAUAACCGGUGCAGAGGAGGGGCCUCCCUACUACCGCCUUGCCGAGGAGGAGGACACUGCAGGCCUGGGUGGUGUGGCAGGCAGUGGGUCCUUCUUCAUGGAGGAGAAGGCCCCGGGAGUGCAGAGGGCCAUCGACCAGCUUGAUGACCUGAGUCUGCAGGAGGCUAGACGAGGGCUGUGGAGCGACACACGGGCCGACAUGGUCUCUGACAUGCUGGCCCCACUCAAAGUAGCCAAUACUGGCCAUCGAGUCCCUGAUUCAGGCCCGGAGCCUAUCCUCGCCUUCUACGGCAGCCGCUUGACCGGCCGCCACAAGGCCCGCAAGCCCCCGGCAGGCUCCAAAUCUGACUCCAAUUUUAGCAACCUCAUCCGGCUAAGCCAAGCCUCCCCAGAGGAGUCAGGGCCCUGUCGGGGCAGUGGCUGGGAAGAAGGAGAAGGCCGCGGGGCCUCCACAGAACCAUCUGUCAUCCCACAACGGGAAGGAGAUGGGCCCAGCAUCAAAGACAGGACCAUGGAUACUGAGCGGCCAGGCCCUGAGCUGAUCUUCGAUCCCAGCAGCUGUCCUGGAGAGUGGCUGAAUGAGCCAGAAUGGACCCUAGAGGGCAUCCGGGGGUCUCGAGCUCAAGGGCUCCCAGCCCGCCAUCCCCACGCACAUGGGCCACCCAGGACCACCAGCUUUCUGCAGCAUGUUGGAGGGCACCAUUGAUGGGGACCCCACCCCUAUCAUUUUUGGGGGUUUGAGCUAGCUGGGCUGGCAUCCCUUCUUGCUCUGAAAUGGCUCUUUAGAGCCAUCCUUUGAACCCACAGAUUAUUCUUACAGAAAAUAGCUAUCCAGAAUGUUCCUAUUUCCCUGUCCCUGGCAACAUGCCUGUAUCCCACUCUAAUGUUGGAGGCCGUCAGGUCUGGCCCGAGACCCUGAGGCCAGAGAGUCAGGAAGAGGACUGCACCCCAUUGGCCAUGACCGUGCCUGGACCCGCUUGCCUCGUGUAUUUCAAUAAAAAACUGUUCCAAACCCUGCUCCUGC